AUGAACCAAUUCAGCAAUCGCGACGUGCAGUCUUCCGUUGGGGAGCCUGUCCACGCUGUCAUAGCUGUUGUCGAUCGUCUGCCAGGAGGUGAUAAAUCCAUGGCUGAAUCAGAAGGACUGUCCAUGUUGUUUGUUCGAAGCGAGAACAUUCAGGGCAAACCUAUCGCGUCCCGUCAAGUCCGGUCGGCUGAAAGAGAAGAGCCCACGAUUAAAUUCUCAUUUCUCGAGAGCGUCGCAUCUCAAGAAGCUAUGCGCCCACACCUCCAUGAAGUUGGUCUACGACUCGCGAAAACUAUAUUUAUCAAUGGCAAGGAAAACACACUUUUCGGUACCCGUUGGGCUUAUGAUGCUUCUGCGGGGAAGCUUUUCCUCAAGGAAUCUGUUGAUCUGUCCCUUUGCUCGAUCACGGUGAAUCAUACGGGUCUCCAGAAAUCGCUCGAGCUGCCGCUAUAUCCGGUUGGCGAGCGACGAAAGGUGAUAAAUAGCAUGGGCAAUAUCCUUCGUCAGAUAGGAAAGCAUGCCGAUGGUAAAUCGGACGAACCGAUGCCAGCUUCCUCUGAGUUAGAGAAGGAGCUUCCGCGGUAUAUUGAUGAACAUAACAUCGCAGACCGACGGGUCUCUGUUUGGGCUCUGAUCGAAACCUCAGUCGAAAGCCCCUACAGCAAGUCAAAGCAUUCACAAAGCGACCUUGCAAAGUCAAUCCAGGCGGGUGCUAAGCUUCAUCGUGUCAUGAGUGGCGGGGGUGGAUGGGGUAAGAAGCAGGGCCUUCUGUCUCUUGAUCCGGAAAUAAGCUUUGAAGAAGCCGGAAAAGAGGGUGUAGCUGCCCUCAGUUCUGUAUUUUCAGACAAUGCCCAGCAUGCGACCCACGAGGCAAUUCCUGCUUUCGAGCAGCGAAUGUUCAUGGAAGAUCUGUCUACGCUCUCACAAGCUGCGGAACCGGGUGACUACGUUCAAUUCUUUGCCUCCAUUGAACAAGACGAGCCGCUGAAAACCCAGAACACACACCCGCCAGUUUCGGAAGGAAGCAUUUUGUACAACUUCGGCGUAGUGUCUGACGCGGAGGCAUUGCCGAGCCAGAUUGAGCAACAGAGGGACCUGGCGGUAGUACCAAACCACUUCGGGGCUUUAUCGGAGAAGGCCAUCACAUAUCUGCAGCCAGUCGACGACGUGUACGAGUCUCGUACGAAGAUUGAUGUCCCUGGCUCACGGGUUGUCUUGACGCACUCGUGA